CACCGCUCCGGCCGGCCGGGGCUGAGAACCCUGGAGGACCGGGGUCACAGAGAUCGCCCUUCUGGAAUCCUUCGCCGGCGGGCGGGAAUCGCUCCUUUAUCGUGGGAUGCUUCCUCCGCCUGCCCUCAGCGCGCAGACCGGCCCCGGAGGAUGGGACAGGGGCUGCUGAACGGGAGCCGUCUGGUCCUCCAGCUGACAGGUUGCCUAGAGGUCCCCGUGACUUAGAUCCCGGUUCAGAGAUGGCGAAAUCAGGCUCCUCGUCUUCCAUCUCUGAGCAGCAGCUGCAGAGGCAGGGGGCACCGAGCAACACCACAACAGGCUUGGCUGAGCAAAGUCUUAUUUCAUCCGAGAAAUGGCUUCAACUGCACGGGCUGAAGAGCAACAAACUGACCUUGAAGCAGAUUUUGUCACAGAUCGGAUUCCCACAUUGUGAAGAUUAUGUGUCUUCUCUGGGGAGACUCGUGGCUUCUCGGUACGCUGAUGGCCUGUUUCCACAGUUCUACAGGGCAGAAGACGGCAGAGUCUACAACCUGACCGCUAAGUCAGACCUGAUCUAUCAGUUGGUGGAAUAUUUAACACAAGCUGUGGAGCGCUACAAGCAGCGGAUGAAGUGGCUCACCAGCGGAAGCCGGCAGAUUUUUGGCGUCAUCUUAGAGCGGUGCGUCACCUUAGUGCUGGAUUGUGGUGGCCUUCUGGAAGGCGAGCUCACUCUGUGCCAAGAAGCUCUCGCAAUGGUCCUGCAGGAGCAGGUGGCUCACAUAACCAAGUUCAACAUCAUAGGGGUUUCUCAAGAGCCUGUGAAAUGGCAGGAAACUGCCACUCCUGUGACUGAAGAAGCCAUAGCUGCUGCCGUCAGCUGGGUUAAGAAACUGACUUUUGAGCAGACUGAGAGUGAGGUUAGCCGUCUGGACGCUCUGCUGGCAGCUGGGGCAGACAGAACUAUCGAAUCCAUUUACUACUUUGUGGUGGGGGAUGUUCCUGAGAAACCCAAGGAGCUUCUCCUGCAAAGAGCUUUGGAGAUUCCGUGUCCAGUCUACACAGUGUCCUUCAAUGCCAGAGGAGAAGGCACUAUGGCUUUCCUAAAGGAUCUGAGUGCCAAGACCCACAGCAGAUUCCACGCGUUUGCCGAGAGGUCAGAGUGUGUAGACUUUCCUGCGUCCCCCACGGAGGAUGGUGACAGUGUGAUUACUUGGAAUUCCAGGAAACUGAAAGGAAAACUCCCUCCAGGAGCUGGAGUCAGAGAGGACGUGUUUCUCAUUUGGAGGGAGAUGGAGGAAGCCUGCAGCACGCUGGCCCAGAUCCAGAGGCUGGUGGCCGAGUCUCCCAAGUCCAACAUGACCACGUUAGACUGCGAGUCAGGAGCAGCAUCCGCUGGGAACGCGUCAAAUCCAGAGGACACCUGGGACUCCAAGAAGUGGCUGCAGAAAUAUGGCUUGAAAUCUCAGAAGCUGUCAUUUUAUGAUGUGCUUGCUAACUGCUCCUUUCGCCACGCUGAUGGAGUUGUUGACAUAAAAGCCAAACCAGAGAAUGAGUCUGUGCAGACCAGUGCGGAGACCAAGAAGAAGACAGUCCAUGCAAAAUAUUGUAGCAGGUUUGUUCACGCUCCCUGGAAGGAUGGGAGCUUGGUCCAUGUCAACAUUACAAAGGAGAAGUGCAAGUGGUACAGUGAGAGAAUUCACACAGUCCUGGCUCACAUCCAAAGGAGGAUUAAAUGGCUACAGGAUGGGAGUCAACUCCUCUUUGGAAAAGCACAAAAUGAUUGCAUCUAUGUCCUCAUUGAUACAUCUCACUCGAUGAAGAGCAAACUGGACUUGGUGAAGGACAAGAUCAUUCAGUUCAUACAGGAACAGCUGAAAUACAAAAGUAAAUUCAAUUUUGUAAAGUUUGAUGGUCAAGCAGUUGCUUGGCAGGAAAAACUUGCUGAAAUCAAUGAAGAAAAUUUGGAGCAGGCUCAGUCCUGGAUCAGAGAUAUUAAGGUUGGAAGUACCACAAACACCCUGGACGCUCUGCAGAUCGCCUUUACUGAUAAAGAAACGCAAGCAAUCUACCUUCUGACAGACGGGAGACCCGAUCAGCCACCUGAAAUGGUCAUGGAUCAAGUCAGAGUUUUUCAGAAAAUUCCUAUUUAUGCCAUUUCCUUCAAUUACCAUGAUGAGACAGCAAAUACAUUUUUGAAAGAGCUUGCUUCUUUGACUGGAGGAGAGUUUCAUUCCUAUAAUUUUGGUUGUAAGGAUCCCCUUCCUCCGGAAGCUGUUCAGAAUGAAGAUCUGACUCUUCUAGUUCAGGAAAUGGAGCAGGGAUACAGAGACCUGGAGAGAGUGCAGACCCUCUAUUCCGAGUCUUUGAUCAUGGACUGGUGGUACAACGGGGAAAAGGAAGGAGACAAGCAUCAGAAGGAAAUCUCUUCAAUAAUUUCAACACCAGAAAAAUGUGCAAAACCUCAAUCUGAUGUUGAAUCAGCACAAACCACUUCGUUAAAGAUGCUGAAAGUACCAGGGGACCUUUCAAAUCAAAAGAUUCAGAGAAAGAAAGUUCUCCAUGCAGAAUCAACCAAAACCAGCCUGCUCAGAAGCCAGAUGUCAGCCCUCAGGAGCUCAGCCAGCAGUGAGAAGGACAGCCCCUGCAUCUCUAGCAGCUGCAACCCUGCUCCUAAGGACAAAGAAACUGCCCUACAGAGAAAUGAGUGUCUGAGUGACAACUCAUCAUCAAGAUUGAUUCAAGAAAGAAGCCAAGUUUAUGACGACGACUCUGCAGAUACAUCUUCAGCAGACUGGCUGCAGGUCCACGGCCUGGUUGCCAAGAAGCUCACCAUCACGGAUGCCCUGUCAGCGACCACAGUCCCACACAGCCCCACCUAUGUCCCCAUCCUGGACAAGCAUGUUGUUUCCAAGGUCUUCAAUGAGGUGUUCCCUCUGGCACACGUGUGCAACAACACAAAUAAGAUGACAUUAAUUAACCCCCAAGGGGUCAAGCUCAAUAUCUACAAGCAAAAAGUGGAACGGGCAAUUAAGUCUUACGAAAAGCGCUUGAAUAAAAUUGUUUGGAGAGCAUUAUCUGAAGAGGAAAAAGAAAGGUUAGAUGCAGACAAACCAAUACGGUACUUGGAAAACAAGGCAGCUUUAAACCAAGCACUAGAACGGUUGAAUUGGCCCAUUUCGUUGAAAGAGCUGUCAAUGCUAGAAAAUGAAAUCCUAGCUGGGAAAAGGUACAUCCAGCAGGCCAUGGAAUUCCAGGAGGCCGCCCAGAAGGAUUAUGUGAACAAGGCACUGGGAGAGCCACAGAAAUCGCAAGGAAACUCAACAAAGAAAGUCAAAUCCAAAAAAGUGGAUCCUCUCAAAGGCCAGAAAGUUAUUGCAAGAUGUGAUGAAAAUGGCUUUUAUUUUCCAGGGGUUGUGAAGAAGUGUUUGAACCGGACCCAUGCAUUGGUGGGCUUCAGGUAUGGAGACACCAAGGUUGUGCCCACCUCAUUCAUCACGCCUGUCGGGGGUGCCAUGCCCUGCCCUCUGCUCCAGGUCGGAGAUUAUGUGUUUGCCAAAAUUGUGAUACCCAAAGGAUUUGACUUCUACGUCCCUGCCAUUGUCAUAGCACUUCCAAAUCCAGAUGUGGCCUCAGAAAAGCUCUACACAGUUUUAAAGUGUAACAACCGGAGAGAAUUUUGCCCUCGGAGUGCACUUAUUAAGAUCAGCCAAAACAAGUACGCUCUCUCUUGCUCUCAUAUAAAGUCGCCUCUGAUCCAGGAGGAUCCACAUGUGGAGGAUGUAGAAGCAAGCAGCUACAGUUUCCCACUCUGGCCACUGAAAGAAGUUGACACUGGAGCUUUGAAAGAGCCGAAACAGGAGAACCCUAGAAAGAAGAAGAAGAAACCCGUCAAGAGGCCGCCUCUCCAGGAGAUGGUACCUUCAGACUCGGACGACUCUUCCCGUGGCACCAGAGAAAGCCCUGGGCCAGAGGUGUAGGCGUCAGCCAGCCGUACCACCGCUGCCGCACCACCGCCUCCGGCAUCCCCUCCCCUUCCUCCUUGAGCCGCCCACAGCAGCAAAGGCUGAGGACCAUCGCUGGGAAACCUUAAAGGCAACCAUGUUUAAGAAAGCCAGAGCUCCUGCAGGGCUGCCCAAGGCCUCACCCGGUGACACUGGGCCCUCUGCUGAGGUAAGGCUGCCCUGCAUCCCACCUGUGCCCUCCUCUGUCUAGCACGGGCCCCUCUCCCCCGGCACCCCCAACCUGGCUCACCUACCUGUUGGAGCCUGUUGCUUCUUGCUUUUCCUGACCACUCGGUAUCUUGUGUUUGGCCUUGGCCUCACAGAACAGCACUCAGUCUUCUGGCAGACUGUCCACACCCAGAGGUUUUAACCUGCCAAGUUACUGUCAUAGGCUUUUAAAUGUUUGUGGAAGUCAGCAAGGCCAGGAUCCAAGCCUGCAGCCUUGUUUUAAAUUGGUUGCCCCAUGUGAAGUAGGUAUUUUGUCACCCUUUGAGAGGACUGGAAUUAAGAACUGGUAACUUGUCUCAGAGCUACAAGACUGAGCAUUCACUGUUUGAUUGUUUUCUGGAUUUUUUAAAAUUGAGCCCUCCCUAAUUAUUUUGUCUGUAGUCUGUUGUAGGUACCUCUAAUUGAGCGUGGAACAGAAUAAAAACUCUUACAUUGGAAA